AUAGUUUAGAGGUUGGAUCAACAUGUAGUGAGACACUGGGAACACGUGGCCAGCAGCCAGGGAGUGAGAUAAGGGUAGUGCAGUUGCAGUUGCUAGAAACACUAAGCAGGCCUGGCAACAUCGGUGCAGAGGGAAACAGAUACCGUUGCUGUCUGGCCAGCAACAGAAGAAACAGGAAGAAGAGGAAGAGCUACCCCACAAAAGCAAUGAGGAUGCAUCGUCACUUAUCUUACAUAUGCAGUCACAAUAGGCAUUGUGAGGACCUUAAAGUCUAGUAUAGUUCUGGGAUCAGCACAUGGCACAGGCGGAACAUGGGUUUUGCCAGCAAUUUCCUGGCUGUGAUUCAAAACUUGAGCAUUCAUCUGGGUAACACAAUGAAAGUUGUCCUGGUGGGGGCAGCAGGCCUUUUUUUCUUGGUAUCCAUGAUAAUUCUUGGGUGGCAGAUCUACCGAUACUGUAAACACAGAAAAGCAAAGAAAACAAAAGCAAAAAAUGCUGUGGGUGAGACUGAUUCCAAGAAACAAUAUACAGAAAAAAGCAACUUAACAACACGCAAUAACUCUUCAGACUUUCUGGGCAUGUCUGAUGAAGAUGAGUAUUCAGUUGUGAAAAAACAUGAAUACAAGGUACACAAGCUCCAAGAGAGUAUACAAAAGCUAAGUCUUUAUCUUCAAUGCAGUGACCCUAGAGAUUUUAAGCUGAUUCAAUCAAACGACAAUCUCGUCAUUGACUCAAAGAUUGAGCUUUCCGGAAAUUUGAAAUUUUCUUUAUCAUACGACAAAAAACAAUCAGAAUUACAGCUGACAGUUAUAGAAGCAUCCAAUCUUCCUGCUCGACAUGUUAGUCAGUGCGCUGACUUUUUCACUCGGAUAAAGCUAUUUACCAGCUUACCUCAGUACCAAUGUAUCCUUCACCAAUCCGACACGAAGAUUGUGAAGAACACUAGAAAUCCCUUAUUCGGAGAUCAGUUUACCUAUUUUAUUGAAGAUGAUACCUAUCGGAAGGCUACUUUAAAACUCGAGGUCUGGGAUUUUGACAAAUAUUCACGACGUGAUGUUCUAGGAGAAGUGCGCUUGCCGUUCAGCAACUUGGAAUUCUCAAACACAGUAGCGUUCUGUGAGAAGCUACAGAAAGUCCAAAAGGAGGUUGUUGGGGAAAUUUUUGUGUCUCUUAAAUAUCUUCCAACAGCCCGGAAAUUGGAAGUUACAAUCCUGAGGGUGAAAACCGGCUGCCUGAGCAACAGUCCAGAUACAGGUAUUUACACAAGAGUCGAUUUCUAUGUCAAUCAACACAAAGUGAAGUACCAGAAAACACCAGCGAAGCUGAAGUCUGAAAUAACUAUGUUUAAUGAAGUUAUUCUGUUCACUGUGUCAGAUUCUGUUAUUAAUCAGUCCAUGAUUAUUACCUCUGUGUAUGAAAUUUCGCUUUCCAAGGACAGUGCAAGGCAUCUCUUAGGUCGUGCCUAUGUGGGAAGCAAGAAAUCCAAAGAGGAUGAUCAUUGGCUCUCUAUGCUGCAGUCCUUAAGGCAACCCGUGUCAAAGUGGCACCCACUCUUAAUCUAAGUACACCCUCUGGGAUCUGUCUUACCAUCAUCAUUAAUUAUCUCUUGAAAACAGCAGUAAUGUGGCAGCAGAUGCCUCAAGCACAGUGUGCACUCUCUCUUUUCCAGCCAAUUCAAUUCUAUUUUGGAUGAAAUGUAUAAUUCUGCAAAAGCAUACUCUGAAUUCAGUUGAAAUAUUCACAAAACUUUGGAAAAUAUAAAAGGGAA